GAGCGCCAGCCUCGCUCGGGCCGGCAGGGGAGGGGCUGGCUGAGCUCCGGCCAAAGCGGCAGCGAGAGCCCGUGCAGCCUGAUUAUCACAUGACUCCGCGGCGGCGGCGGUAGCCGUGGCAGCAGCAGCGGCGCCGGCUCCGCGGGUCCACCCGGUGGGCUCCGCUCCGUUCCGCUCCCGCAGGAGCGCAGCGCGGCAAAGGGUCGGGAAGGGACCUGCAGCCCGCGAGCUGCGGCCGCCCAGCCGCUCUCCCAGCCCGGCCCGCCCGCUCGAUGCCUCUGGUUGCGGAAGUGCAGCGGGGGUAGGCGGCGGCGCGGAGCGCGGGAGGCCCGGGCUCGGCCCCCUGCAGCACUAAGGGCUCCGGGAGCCCCGCGGCGCGUCCCGAGCGCUGCCGCCGCCGCCCGCGCGCCCGGCGCCCGCCGCAGCCUGCAUGCCCCGCGCCUCCGCCGCAGCCCGCUGCUCGCACCGCCGCCGCUGCCGGGCGCCGGAGUAAUAUGCUCACUCGGGUGAAAUCUGCCGUGGCAAAUUUCAUGGGAGGCAUCAUGGCUGGCAGCUCGGGCUCCGAGCACGGCGGCGGAGGCUGCGGAGGCUCGGACCUGCCCCUGCGCUUCCCGUACGGGCGGCCGGAGUUCCUGGGGCUGUCUCAGGACGAGGUGGAGUGCAGCGCCGACCACAUCGCCCGCCCCAUCCUCAUCCUCAAGGAGACCCGACGGCUGCCCUGGGCGACCGGAUACGCAGAGGUCAUCAAUGCCGGGAAGAGCACGCACAACGAAGACCAGGCCAGCUGCGAGAUACUCACCGUGAAGAAGAAAGCGGGGGCCGUGGCCUCCACCCCCAACAGGAACUCCACCAAGAGACGGUCCUCCCUUCCCAAUGGGGAGGGCCUGCAACUGAAGGAGAACGCGGAGUCGGAGGGCAUGUGCUGCCACUACUGGUCGCUGUUCGACGGGCACGCGGGCUCGGGCGCGGCGGUGGUGGCGUCCCGCCUGCUGCAGCAGCACGUGGCGGAGCAGCUGCGGGAGCUGGUGGAGAUCCUGCGCAACGUGGCCGUGCUGCCGCCCGCCUGCCUGGGCGACGAGCCCGACGGCGCGCCCGCGGGCCGCACGCUCACCCGCGCCGCCUCGCUCCGCGGGGGCGUGGGCGCGCCCGGCUCCCCCGGCACCCCGCCCACGCGCUUCUUCACCGAGAAGAAGAUCCCCCACGAGUGCCUGGUCAUCGGGGCCCUGGAGAGCGCCUUCAAGGAGAUGGACCUGCAGAUAGAACGAGAGAGGAGCUCCUAUAACAUAUCUGGUGGCUGCACAGCCCUCAUUGUCAUCUGCCUCCUUGGGAAGCUGUAUGUGGCAAAUGCUGGGGACAGCAGGGCGAUCAUCGUCAGAAACGGAGAAAUCAUCCCCAUGUCUUCGGAAUUCACCCCCGAGACGGAGCGCCAGCGGCUCCAGUACCUGGCCUUCAUGCAGCCUCACUUGCUGGGAAACGAGUUCACACAUUUGGAGUUCCCGAGGAGAGUGCAGAGGAAGGAGCUGGGGAAGAAGAUGCUCUACCGGGACUUCAACAUGACCGGCUGGGCGUACAAAACCAUUGAGGAUGAUGACUUGAAGUUUCCCCUCAUCUACGGAGAAGGCAAGAAGGCCCGAGUGAUGGCGACCAUCGGAGUGACCCGGGGGCUGGGGGACCAUGACCUGAAGGUGCAUGACUCCAACAUCUACAUAAAGCCAUUCCUGUCGUCAGCUCCGGAGGUAAGAGUCUACGAUCUCUCCAAAUAUGAGCAUGGAGCAGAUGAUGUGCUGAUCCUGGCAACAGAUGGACUGUGGGAUGUUUUAUCAAAUGAAGAAGUGGCAGAAGCAAUCACUCAGUUUCUCCCUAACUGUGAUCCUGAUGACCCUCACAGGUACACACUGGCAGCUCAGGACCUGGUGAUGCGUGCCCGAGGUGUCCUGAAGGACAGAGGAUGGCGGAUAUCUAAUGACCGACUGGGCUCAGGAGAUGACAUUUCUGUAUAUGUCAUUCCUUUAAUACAUGGAAAUAAACUGUCAUGAAAACAACUCAGGGGAUUGGAAGAUCAGAAGGAAGAAAGCUGGGAUGCCUCUUGGCAAGGCAGGACUGGGAAGUGCCCCAGCAGAGUUUCAGAUGGUGCCACCUCUUCCCAGCCCCGAUGGAGAGUUUGCUGUCCAAAGGCCUCCGGCUGUGUUUCAAGAGGAUCAAUAGGUUUCAGUUAUCGCUUUAGUUAACAGGUCUGGAUACUCAGCAAAAGCAAAACCUAAAGGCUGCUACUGAGUGUUGUUUCUUUUGGUUCCUUCAAUAGGCCUCCUACGUGGCCAUUGCCUGUUUUGGGCACAUAAUCAUAUUUAUUUUAUCUGGAAUGCUAGGGCAGCCAUUUUCAGGUGUAACUGGCAGGAGACUCUUUGUCAAGCUGCCAAUUUGUCUACGGGUUGGAACGUUGGGGAUCAUGCCUCAGAAAGUGUGAGCUCCCACCUUCUCCUAGGCCUGAGACUUAUUUCAGGGAAUGCUGUCUAUGUGUGUGUCUCUCUCUAUUCUUUCAUGAUGAGGAGGAUGGGGUGAGGUAGGGAUUUCUUUUUAAUUUCUUGAAUCUUAAUUGUUUCCAUAGACCAGGCCUGGGACUUUCCAACUCCUUGCUGAGGAAUUUGUGUGUCCAAGUCCAACCCAGGCUGUAGCCGUAUCCUGUAACCCACACCACCCAGGCAGACCUCUGGAGCAGUGCCCUGGCUAACACAGAGUACUGUCUUUGUUGUGUAAUCAUUUGUUUCUAGGUUGAAUUUUUUCUUUUUCACUAUAUUAGUGUUUUCACAAAAAUUUGGGGUAUUUCUUUGGGCCAACAGUUCCUCUUUUGUCUUCAAGGGUCUCCCUUCUGUUGUUUGAGGUUUCCGUUGGUUUCUGAAUCUGGGUUUUCAUUUCUGGAAUGAUUGUUUCCAGACCCCAACCCAUCCUUGCUGCGCCCAAGCACACAUGUAAAGCAGUGUUUAAUAGAGCUGUGUGGGAAGUCCCUUGAUGUCAGUCAGUUCACUACAACUCAUUUCAGAACCUUUCCUCCACUUUGGAUCCAGGUUCCAUGGGCUGCACUCCAAACAAUGAGUAAGUAUCACAGUCUGUCGGGGAACAGCAGGCCCUCUCCCCACCAUCCUUGGACAAGAUGCACUCAGACUGAAUUUGAUUAAACAGAAUUUGAAUUGGGUUGCCUGGCCAUUCACAUGCUGUACACCUGCUCCUUUUCCAUGGGACCAGGUCCAAGCCACCCAACCACUCAGCCCACUGUUCCCUCUGAGUGUUCCUCACAGAGCAUCCACAGAAGCAGUGGACAGAUCAUGUCUGCCGGGUGCUUCACUGCCCGGAGGAACUGAAAAAUAGAUGUUUAGCAGUCCCUUCUAUCUCUUAGACUGCUGCUCUGCCUGAGCACAUCCCAUUUGCUGAGCCUUCUUCCUGGAGAGGUCCUGUAGUAUCACACCAUGUGGACAGCUUCUUGAAAUUAAAACAUUCAAUGAAGAAAGAGUCAUUGGGGUGAUCUCCCAAAAUUCUGGAGAGCCAAUUCCAGUUCUCGUUUUUGAAACCCUUCCCUACAGGAGAGGACAGACUUUACUCUGGAUGAGUUCAUCGCCUGCAUACUUGGAGUUACAGGUAUUUUUUUAGGAAUGGCGUGGAGCCUUCCUAGUCUAUGUCCAUCCCACAGUGUGGAAGCAGUGCUCAGCCUGGUGGGUGAAGUACUGUUGGAAUUCAUCCAUCAGGUGGUUGCCAAAAUACUGUCUGAAAAGAACUGGACUACAACCUUGUCAGGCAUCCUCUUCAUCCUCCUCCGAUAACUCUUAACUACCCCAACCACUCUGUGGAGAGAAGUUUAUGGUAGACCGUUUGCUUCUCGGGCAGAAUAUUAUGCUAUGGAAAAACAUGCAGACAUUCUACAGCAGUGUGAUCCACUUUCUGUUCCCGUCUUGACUCCUUAACCCACAUACAAAUUGGAAUCUUGAGUUUCUCUUGGAGGAUGCCAAGUUAUCAGCUUUAGGAAAGCAGUCACCUCUUUCCUGUGUUUCCAUUGCCUUUCAUUUCUUUUUCCUUUUCUGAGCUUUUAUGUACUCCAUAUCUUGAGUUUUUCCAGUUUUAAUUGAGCCACAAGAGUCAGAGUGUCGGUGCAGACAUGUAGAUAUGACAGCCUUCCACUUAAUUCAUCAAUUCGUUUACUGCCAAGGCUUGUCUCAGGAAAAACUCUGGAACCCCCUUAUUCGGUGUAUCCUAGUCUUACACAUUUAGUCCUACUGCUUUUAGUUGGGUACCUUUUUUCAUAAGCCCUUUGGGUA